AUUCCUUCUAGGACAGACCUUGGGGACGGGUCCUGCACCCCCUCCCCGCCUGGCCCGCUACCGGAGCAGCCUUCCCAGCCGUUGUGCUGGGCAUUUUAUAAAACUGCUUACAAGAGCAUGCAGAAUACCUUAUUAAAAGAAGCAGUGAAGCAGUUUGGCCCAUUACAGAAUUAUGGUUCGACUAACACUGGAACUAGUUGCUAAAAGCGUCGGUCACAAGAAUCGCAAUGAAGAGGACUCUGGACAGUACCUGCGAAAAAUAACUCAUCUCAAUUUAUCAGACAAAAAUAUAGAUGCAAUUGGUGACCUCUCUUUGUGUAAAAAUCUUAGAGUUCUGUAUUUAUAUGAUAACCAAAUCAGUCAAAUCCAGAACUUGGACUUUGCUUUGAAUAUAACACACCUUUACCUUCAGAACAACUGUAUUACAUGUAUAGAAAAUCUCUCAUCGCUGAAAAACCUUGAAAAACUGUAUCUGGGGGGCAACUGCAUCGCUGUAGUAGAGGGUUUGGAUAAAUUAGAAGGAAUAAGGGAGCUACAUAUUGAAAGUCAGCACCUCCCUCUGGGCGAAAAGCUUCUCUUUGACCCAAGAUCUCUUCGGUCCCUGGCAAAAUCUUUGUCUGUGUUGAAUAUCAGCAAUAACAACAUCGAUGAAUUAGAAGGACUGGAAGUUUUGGAAAAUCUUUCUUAUCUUAGAGCAGUUGACAAUCAACUUCAACACAUGAAGGACCUGGAGGUUGCAUUAAACAAAUGGACAAAGCUUCGGAGACUGGAUCUUGCAGGAAACCCCGUGUGCCACAAACCCAAGUACAGGGACAGGAUUGUAGUGCAGUCAUGGACUCUGGAAUCCCUUGAUGGGAAAGAGAUUAAAGAAAUGGAGAGACGGUUCCUAUUGAGCUGGAAAGCCUCCAAAGCCGCCAGGAAAAAAACCAAAGAAAGAAUGACAAAUGAACAUACAGUCUAUCUACAAUUAUCUGACUUUGAAACACCUUGUCCUGUGCCUCCCGUUCACUAUAAUCCAGCUCUGAAAGAAAAACCCAAUUUUGUAGCUUUGUCUGAGAUGCACAAACUUAAAAGAAAACCUCUGCCAAGAAUCCUGGAUAAAAAAUAAGUCGGGUGAAAACUCAGGCUGAGGAGGAAUCCGAAGUAACGGCAGAAGUAAGGGGAAUUUUACAAGACAGAAGUUAAAGGACAUGAAGAUUUGGCCAUCACUGGGUUAUUUUUUUUCACAAAUCUAACAAAGAAAGAUACUGGUGUCUCUUGGGAUACGUUGUCUGCAUCUUUGUAAUCUCAAAACCAGACAGAACAAAGUGUGUUGAACUUCACACCUGCCUUUUUAGAGCGUUCAGAAGAAAGAAGGUGAUGCCUGGUUAUUUAGACUCAUAGAACCAUAGAAGGGUUUGGGUUGGAAGGGACCUUCAAGAUCAUAGAGUUCCAACCCCCUGCCCUGGGCAGGGACACCUCCCACCAGACCAGGUUGCUCCAAGCCCCAUCCAGCCUGGCCUUGAACCCCUCCAGGGAUGGGGCAGCCACAGCUGCUCUGGGCAACCUCUGCCAGUGUCUCACCAAAGCAUGUAAAAACACCAGCAGGUGGCAGGCCAAACUGGUUGCCCACUUAAACUUUCUGAAUCAGCUGGUUUUAACCCGAUUCUCCCCUAGUUUGUGACCUGAAUUCCUGACUUCCCAAGCUGCUCCUUCUUUAUAUAUGAUGCUCUUAGCAAUUAAGCUUACAGUCACUUCAGGAAGAAAGGAGCUAUUAGCACAGGAUGUUUGAGGUCUGUAGUCCUAAAAAAAAAUAAUUUCCAUCAUCUGGAUUUUUUCCAAGUUGCAGUGAAGAACGUGGAAUAGUUGGGAAAGAAGGCACAAGAAGAUAAUGAUAUGUGGGGUUAUUAAUUUUGGGAUUGGGGGUAUCACACAUUCAUUUUACUUCAAAUUCUGCUUUAAGUAACUGGGACUUGAGUUUGGCUGCUUUGUACUGGUUUGAGUAAUUAAAUGAACGCUCAAGGCUUCUGAUAUAGGGAAGUUCCAAAGGG